CUCACACUACAUGUCACGUGAGCCAUAUGACUCCCCAUGUCAGAGCGGCGUGUAAUUAACAAAUCAAAACCCUAAUCCCAAAAUCUCAACCCAGGCCAAUCCCCGUAUCGGUAGAAACCCAUAAUCCCCUGCAUCUCGGCGACUCACAUCGGACAUAAUACCCAUUACAGUUUCCAAGCACAAUGAAGAUCAAGAAACAACAACAAAAACCGCGCGAGAAGAUCAAGAAACCGCCUUCUUCUUCUUCUUCUUCUUCUUCUUCUGCUGCUGCUGCUCAGCCUCCCCGCAAGCGACUCCUCUCUGACUCCCCCAAGCCAAAAAACGCCCCAGCCGGAGCCCGAAGCCGAAGCCCCACGCCCUCCGAUCACCCUGACCCGGCCCUAAAGAAAACCAGGGUCCUCCCCAAUUUGUCAGAAUGCCACGCUUGUGGAUUCAGAACCGACGCCGCUAACGGGAAGCAAAGACUCCAAACCCUAUACAGCGAAUGGCGCGUCGUUCUUCUAUGCAAGAAAUGUAUAGUCCGCGUGGAGUCGUCCAAAAUUUGCUCCUAUUGUUUCCAAGAAUCCUUCGCCGCCGAGUGUUUCAGUUGCGGCGAGUGCGAACGCCGCGUCCAUAGAGAUUGUUUUAUGAAGUAUAGAAGCGUUGCGCCGUGGUCAUAUUCCUGCUCGGGUGAGGAGUUUUCGGUGUGCGUAGAUUGUUGGGUGCCCAGGCCGAUAGCGGUGUCCAGAGGGAGGAGGAGGAAGAUUAGGAGGACAGGCAAGAGUGGUGAGGCUUUGGAUGGUGCGAAGUCGUUGAAAGAUGUGGCGGAGGACGCAAAUUGCGUGGCGGAGAAGAAGAUUGAGGCGGCGGCUAGGGCUAGAGAGGAGGCGCUGAGGAAAGCUGUAGUGGCGAGGAGGGCGGUGGAGUUGGCGACCAAUGCUCUUGAUUUUGUUGCAAGGAGAAAUGAGAGUGGCGAGAAGGAGGGGGUUGUUGAUGAUGCAGAAAUGGCGUUUCGGUUGCACCGAGCGAUGAAUAGCUCACCCAGGACUUCGAGAAAAUUGUUGGUUAGAGGGUCGGGCUUGCGGAAUCCUAGUCGUGAAGUUUGUACUGAUAACAAAAGCGUUUCAGAACACUUGUAUCAGGAUGGUGAUUCUUCGACAGAUGUGGAUUGUCCGAAGCCAGAUGGAAGGAUUAAUGUAAGAACUGGUGAGAAGGAUUUUGAUGCUGAGGAUGAGAAUGUGGGUGUGCCGAUGAAGGAGGGAGAGGUGAGCUAUUCAAUUAAGCUGUUCAACUCAGAUAGAGAUGACAACAGUAUGGACUCUGCAAAUCGGUCUGAGGUUGAAAGAUACAAAGGAAAGCCUAAUAGAUAUUUAUUGAAGUAUUGUAGGAGAAACCGUAGGCCCGAAGCAACACUUGAUAGAAAAUCCAGUUUCUCCUAUGACGGGUUUCACCUGGUCAAUCAGGCUUCGGCCGCUGGACUGCUUAUAAGUUGUUCCAAUGAAUCGACGACGAUCUCCAAUUUUUCAUAUCGGUGUUGUGCUGUUCCUAUACAAGCGUCUGGUCGUGGAAGUAGUUCAUUUCACGACAGCCCUGAAGGCAAUAGAAGCAUUUUUUGUACCAAAAUGUCAUGUAAUUAAUGAUGGACACAUAGUGCUUUCUUGCAAGGGGAAUGGUGAGAUUUGUUUAAAUGUAAACUGGAGAAGUGUUAGAAAAGUAAUGAGCACGUUGUACUGUUGUAGUGAAUAGGCAGAGGAUAAAAGACCUGGUUUGGAAGAUAAGAAGAAUUGAAAAAGAGAACUUUUUCUUGGGUGAAUUGUACUUUUCCAAUGUGGUGAAUUGCAAAUCGAGCAACCCCCUAUUGUUUAGUAUAAUUGCAAAUAACCUAUUGUUUCCAUAACCAUCAACGACUCGUGGUUUAGUGUGUGUCAUGUAACUGCAAAAAAAAAAGAAUAAAUUGAAAAGAAAAGUGGCAAAACCACAUUAAAAAAGAGAAACUAGAGAUAAAAAGAAUUGGUGCUUUGGGUGGGUUUCGGUUUAGAUCCAGGCUGCAAUUGAAGGAGUUUGCCUGUGAAAAAGAGAGGAGAUCAAUGAGUUUCUUAAAUCUGAUUUGAUGAGAUUGAAGUUUGGGUUUUGAUUGGUAAAAAGGAAGACUUGAUUUUGGUUUGGAAAUAAGGAAAAGAGAGAGAUUUGCUGUUGUUAAGAGCUGUCUGAGCAGUGACAUGAAUACCGACCCAGCUGUGGUGGCUGUGAUGCCAUAUUUGUGAAGAGGAGAGUUGAUCUGAAUGUUUUUUCAAGUCUUUUCAGCUGAAUGAACGACAUUUCAUCUGGAGAUAUUCUUCUUGGGCUUGCCUGUAUAAUGAGCUGGUGAAGCAAGAAACUCCAAAUAUAUUUGUGCUACAAAGGUAUCAACAUUCAUUGCUCUUUCCUGCUCGUCUAUAUUCUCCAAGACUAUUCCGUUCAAGAAGUCUUCCUGUCAUUCUGGGAGUGAUUUUGUUGAUGAUGGAAGUUGAAGUAGCUCCAAGUACUUACAUUUCUAGUACGCCCCAAGAAUACAGCUCAUUGAGCCUAUCUAGAUGUGAUCCAAGAAAUUGAUGCUUAAUUGCCAGGUUGGGAAAGAACCUGAUAUACAGAGGUUUGCUAAUUUUGUCAAUAACAAACCUCUGAUUAUUAGCUGCUCUGUAAAGCAGACAGUGUGGCUUCCAAAAUUCAUCUAGAAGAAAGAGGGAUUCAUAAUGGUUGAAGGAGCUCCAGUGUCAAAAAAGGCUGUUACAGGCAACGAAUGGCCUAGAAUAUGCUUCUGUUAUAAACAUGGCCCUUUGCAAGAGUGGGGUUUUCUGAGAAAGAGAGUAAAGGCAGUUCAAGGGUGAAAAUUAUCUGUGAAUUGGUUGAGGAGUGAGAUUCAGAAUCGUACCCUAUUGCAAGAAGAGCUUUUCAUGGGUCAUCAUCAAGCGAAAAUACAGAUUCUAAAUCUUCAUCUGACAAAUCAGGGUAAAGGGCAGAACUUAAAGGUUUUUCUCUCUUCUUAUUUGGACAGGUUCUGGCAAAAUGGCCUUCUGGUUUAUUACAUAAAAAGCUUCACAUGCGGCAUGCCCAUGGCGACACUCUAUCUUCAAGAAGCCCUUCUUGUUUUAGUUGUUUAAACUGUCUGAGCUCUUCAUUCCUUAUGACUUGCUUUUGUAGGAUUAACGUCUUUAUUUUUGAAAGGAAGUAUGGGUUUUGCCAUAGUGGAUUAGCAGUCUUGAGGAGGAAUUCAGAAUGAGACUCAGCACUAGAAGUUUGGGUAAUUUGGGGUUUUAUGGAAUCUAAAGCUUCUACAUGGUAAGGAUUUGGGCAUGACCCAACCUUCUCUCUCUGUCUGUCUCUGUCUCUGUCUCUCUUUUUUUUCCCCCAAUUUUGAUAAGAAGACAUAAUUGUAUUUUCAUAUGAUUCUUUUUAUUUGAUGAAAAAAUGGACGGAGGUU